UGUCCUUCCUCUGCUCUGAGUUUCUUUCUCCUCUUCACUCACCUCGCUCUUUCUCUGCAGAUCCUUUCGAUCAAUCUCCUUCUACCAAAAAAAGAAUCUCUGUCUCUCCGUUGAAGCCAGAACGAUGCAGGCGGUUUCGAGGCGAUUAGGGCACCGUUACCUGAAGCCCGCUGCUUCCAUCUCAUCUCUCAAAUCGGUCUACCCUCUCUCCGAUCACUAUUAUGGAGCUGAACAUCCGCGCUACGUCUCAACUAUAACCCCGAAGGGCGUGGGUCACCUCGUCCGUAAGGGAACCGGCGGGAGAUCGUCAGUCAGUGGAAUCGUUGCUGUAGUCUUUGGAGCUACGGGUUUUCUGGGUCGUUAUGUUGUGCAGCAACUUGCUAAAAUGGGAUCGCAGGUUUUAGUUCCAUUUCGUGGCGGUGAGGAUGCCCAUCGUCACCUUAAGUUGAUGGGAGAUUUGGGUCAGGUUGUACCAAUGCAAUUCAACCCAAGAGAUGAAGAUUCUGUUAAGGCUGUGAUGGCAAAGGCUAAUGUUGUUAUCAAUCUUAUGGGAAGGGACUAUGAAACGAGGAACUACAGCUUUGAGGAAGUUAACCAUGGAAUGGCUGAAAAAUUUGCUAUGAUUGCAAAAGAGCAUGGAGGUAUCAUGAGAUUUAUUCAGGUUUCUUGUCUGGGAGCUUCACCAUCAUCUCCAUCGAGAUAUCUGAAAGCUAAGGCAGCUGCAGAGCAGUCUGUUCUAAGAGAAAUACCCGAGGCCACAGUUUUGAGGCCAGCUACCAUGAUUGGUACAGAAGAUCGUAUGUUGAACACCUGGGCUCACUUUGCGAAGAAGUACUCAUUUGUUCCUCUCUUUGGAGAUGGAUCGACCAAGUUCCAACCUGUAUAUGUUGUUGAUGUUGCGGGUGCAGUUAUCGCAGCUUUGAAAGAUGACGGAACCAGUAUGGGAAAAGUCUAUGAGCUUGGUGGACCAGAAAUCUUUACCAUGCACGAAUUGGCAGAGGUCAUGUUCGAGACAAUCCGUGAAUGGCCUCGCUAUGUCAAAAUUCCGCUGCCUGUUGCCAAGGCAGCUGCUAUGCCAAGAGAAUUCCUACUUAACAAGGUUCCUUUUCCUUUACCUACCCCGAGUGUCUUCAACCUGGAUAAGAUAAAUGCAGUUUCAACAGAUACUCUCGUCUCAGAAAAUGCUUUAACAUUCCUUGAUCUUGGGAUUGAGCCACAUAAACUGAGGGGGUACCCUAUCGAGUUUCUCUUAUCGUACCGGAAGGGCGGUCCACAGUUGGGCUCUACAGUCAGUGAGGGUGUAUCACCAGACUCUUUGCCCUAAAUCCAAUAUUCAGAUUACCGAAUCGUCUACAGUCGGUGAAAAUUGUUGGGGUAAAUUUUUGACACACGUGAAGGUGUGGAGAUCUGAUUUCAGGUCCAUGAAUCUUUUCCCCUUAAUGGCGAUACAGAAGCAAAGAACAUCCAUCCAAAUAACCUUGCCUCACUGCGAAACAUGUUUAUGACUGUGUAUCAGAAUUGCAUUUGUAAUCUUUGGUAUCUUUUGGAGAGUUUCAUUGAGCCAAUAAGAACACCAAUGAACUUCCACCAGCAUUUUUUUCCAGGUGUCAGAUGAUUUCAUUAGGGGGAUCUGUUGCUUCUGGUUCACCCUCAAACCCACACCCUACAAAAAAUCCAUAUAUUGUGGCUGCGAAUCCUCGUGUGAUUAAAUCGUCA